AGUCGUUUUUAGUGCGGUAUCCGAAACUGCAGUAGACGACAAGUCCCCAACAAGGAUGAGGUACGGGCCACAUCAGUACUGCAAUUAUUCAGACUGGGGAAGCGAAUACCGAGCAGUGAGUACCGAGCAGUAAAAUUUAAAGCAGCCAACAUCAUCAAUUGCAACCAUUACAUCAUUUGUCAAGUUCUAUAUCUGAGAGAACAUUACAGCAAUGGCUUCCAGUAAUUCCAGCCAGAAGAAACAUUUCCAGCGGUUAUGUCCCAUCUGCAGUAAUGUCAUUAGUGUUCGUCGACAUUUCUGCAACUGUGGACACAGCUUUAUAGAUGCAAAACGUAAGGAAGAUCUAGAGCGAGAGGAGAAAUAUAAGGAAAUGGGUCAAAGAGCUGCUAAGCAUCAAAACCUUUGUAGGUCAUUUAAAGCUAUAAAAAGAUCUGUGUGGGAUGGCUCGGCGUGGCGCCGCUUCCUCCCCCUCUGUCCUGCUCUGUCUGCUGCGGGGCGCGUGCCUCUGGAUGUAUUUCUCCUUCGACUUCCGAAUUUUAUUCAGGUCUCUAAGCUACAAGGUGGUGGGUAUCAAGUGGCUGUUAUCUAUUUUAAGGUCAGCAAUAAAAAUACAACAAAGGGCAUGCUACCAGGAAGUGGUCUGUCUACUAAACAUGUAGAGAAGCUCACCACAUUCUUUUAUCUUGCAUACAUGCAAGACAAUGAAUCAGAUGUCAACAAGAGUCAAAACAAUGAUAUAGAUAUCCAAGAAGAUAUCAACAUCAGUGAGGCAAAAGAAAAGAAUGGGGAGCAAGAGGUUAAGUUAAAGAAAACUAAGAAAAAACGAAGACUGUCUGAAGAUUCGACUAUUAAAGAAGACGAACACCAACAAGUUCACACUCAGCAAAAUGUCAACCAAGUUCAAUAUAGUGCUAUAGAGGGAAGCAAUCAAAAUAGGAAGAUCAGUGAAGCAAAAGACAAGAAUGUAGAGCAAGAGGAUAAGUCCUUGAAAGAAAUGAAGAAACAAAGACUUUCUCAAGAUACAACUGAUACAGCACAUCAGUGUCUACUUACUGCUGAAGCAAGUAACUUGAUCAGGGGUCCCAAAGAGCAUAUCUUAGAAGGGUCGAAGAUGUCCAUUGAAGACGAGAUGGGUUGAAGCCAUCAAACGGAAAAGAAGAAAGAAAUCUUUUAAAGAUAGUCAAGAAGGAAGGUGAAUCUGUUGGAAAAGGGCAAGUCAUGAUGCUUUAGAAUAGAUUUUUUUUUUUUAAAUGUAAUUAAGUCAGAGGUGACUCCCAUCAAAACUAUGUAUCUUACUUCCUUUGCAGAACAAUAUAAUUUCUAAAAAAUUUCCUAAUUAUUUAUGUAAAAUAUAUGAUUCAUUAUUGUAAUAAACUCAAUAAACUUGUGUUUAAAGUCAGUAA